AUGUCCAUGAGAAUUAUAGUUAAAUCAAUUUCAAUAUUGUGCGUGUUCCUGCUAUCUCUAUAUAUCGUAUUACCGAAUUUUUUUGACAACAAGUUUUUAAUUUCAAAAAAGAAAAUAAACUUAGGACUUGAUUUAAAGGGAGGGGCAUCUCUGUUGCUCGACAUAGGCUUAGAUUCUUACUUCAGAGAAAAGCUAGACAUGCUAGCUGACGAAAUUAGAGAAGCUUUACUGACAAAAAAUAUUGAAUGCGAUGUAAAAAGCAAUGAGCAAAUAACAGUAACUUUAAAUAAUGUCAAUAACCAUAAAAAAGCAAUAAAAUUAAUUAACAAGUUAAAUCCAAAUUUGGAACUACAUAAAAAAAAUUCUUCUAUUUUUAUUUUAUACAAAUCCAGCUAUAAAAAUUUCUUGAUCAAUGAAGUAGCCGAAGCAUCAGUCAUUAAUGUUCAACGGCGUUUAGAUAAGCUUGGGACCAAGGAAGUCAGUGUACAAAAGCAAGGACAGAGCAAAAUAUUAGUACAAGUUCCAGGAGUGGAAAAUACAGAGCAGAUAAAAUCACUGCUUGGUAGAACAGCUAAACUAACUUUCCAUUUAUUAAAUGAUAAAGUAACUCAAGUACAGGAUAUCGACCAUGAAACUACUGUUUUACUUAAGGAUUCACUAGGCAGUCCUUAUCCAAUAUUUCGUAAAACUGAAAUAGGUGGCGAUGCACUAACUAAUGCAUCAGUUAGAUUUAACUCUUUUGGUAAACCAACAGUGCAUUUUAAAUUUAAUAGCAUAGCAAGUAAAAAAUUCGCGAAAAUUACCAAAGAAAACAUAGGGAAGCCCUUUGCUGUUGUGCUAGACAACACAGUUUUAACUGCACCAGCAAUACGUGAACCUAUCUUAAAUGGGGAAGGAGAAAUAACUGGUAAUUUUAAUAAAAAACAAGCAAACGAGUUAGCAAUNCUGUUAAGAUCUGGAGCAUUGCCAGCACCAUUGAAAAUAAUUGAAGAAAAAAAUAUCGGUCCAAGUCUUGGAAGGGAAUCAAUAAAAGCAGGAGAAAUGGCAGCUAUAAUUUCUACUAUAGCCGUAUCUUUAUUUAUAAUAGUCACUUAUGGUAAAUUGGGCUUACUAGCUUCCAUUGCACUAUUUUUUAAUGUAGUCCUUAUAUUAUUAGUUCUUACUCUACUUGAAUCCACGCUCACGCUACCCGGCAUUACUGGCAUUGCACUGACAAUUGGUAUGUCAGUGGAUGCAAAUAUCUUAAUAUUUGAACGUAUACGUGAAGAAAUAAAAUCAGGAAAAAGAACAGCACGUGCUAUUGAAGAAGGAUUUAAAAAUGCAGUCGGCACAAUAUUGGAUUCAAAUUUUACUACGUUAAUUGCCUCAGGAAUAAUGUUUGCUAUUGGUAGUGGAGCAAUCAGAGGCUUCUCCGUUGCUUUAUCAGUGGGAAUUUUGUGUUCUAUGUUUUCUGCAAUCACAGUAACAAAACUUCUGAUAGAAUUGUGGGUUAACCCAAAAAAUCUGGUUUUGUAGGCCAAGGCUUAUUAGACCUCUUUCAAGACUCAAUUUAUGGUAAGAGGAGAAGUGCAAGAGAGUAUCACAGAAUACUUGGAUAUAUUUGAAUACGUAGCUCAGCUUCGACA